GGUAUGGCCACCACAUCAAGAACUAGAAGGAAGCAAGAAGAUGAGAAAAAGAAUAAAAAGAAGCAGCCGCCGGUGGACGAGCGGCCGACAGUCCCUGUACCCAGUGAUGCAAUGCUUAACAAUCUCCGCACGGCGUUCGGUCUACUGGACCGCGACAGUGACGGGCACGUGACGGCGGCAGAGCUGCAGUUCAUGCUGCGCAACCUCGGCAUACAAGUCAGCGACGAUCUCAUCUCGGACCUCAUCAAGGACGCCAGCAAGACCGGUAACGGUCUAAUAGACGAGAACGAGUUCAUGCAGUGGGUGACGAAGAUCCAGGCGCUGCAAGGCGUCGACGUGACCGUCAGCGGCGGCGACUCCGAGGAGGAGAUCACCAGGUGUUCGACCGCGACGACAACGGGUACAUAACGCGCGACGAGCUGCGCGCCGCACUCGAGAUGAUCGGCGAGCCGGUCACUGACGCGCAACUCAACCAGGUGCUCGCGCUCGGCGACAUCGACCACGACGGACGCAUCGACUACGAAGAGUUCCUGAAGAUGCUGUUAUAAAUUGUACCUCAUUGAGCAAGAAAGACCUCAUUAGAUUUAAUAUAAUAUGAAAUUGGUUUGAUAGCAAUAAUGUUAUCAUGGCGGAUGCGUCGGGUAUUAGUGGAAGGUGCACUUUUAUACGGUUACUAUUAAAAAGACAGUAUAAAUAAAGCUCUUCCAUAGAGAUUGUCUUAGAUAAUGUCUGUUUGUAGUUUUUAUAAAGUUUGUGAACACGUACUUAUUUUAAAGGCUCUAAAGUGCCUAUGAAUCUUCUUAAUUUGCAAUUUAUUAUGGCUUUUAAUGUAUGCUAUUAAUGUAGAAAUAAAUAGUUUUGUUGCCCAUUAGAAGAUUAUUGAGAUUUUUCGCUCUAGAUGGCGUCCUUGAGCUGGAUUACUUAUUUAAGACUUACAUUUAACUUUUUUUUGUCUCUAACACAUUAAUCGUUUUAAAAAACUGGGUUAGGGCGCCAUCUAGUAGCGACCGUUUUCCUUCAUUAUAAUUUAGGUAGGUAUGAUAGUUGCACCAAGAGACUUUUAAAAAUAAAUUCGAUUUUUGUUGUUUUUUUAACAUUAUCCGUUAAAAGCUAUGAUAUGUAUUAAGUACCUACACUUGCAAAUAAGAAACUUUUUCUUACUACUAGCAAAAGCAUCGGCCUAAGAACCAGGACAAUAUUUAUACCAAAGAUUUAUUCAUCGACGAUGUAUUUGAUUAUAAUUGUAUUACAAAUAAUUGUAUAACAAGAUUUUUAAUUUAGAUUUAUAUCUUUAAUGUACAUUUUAUUUAAUUUGUAUAAAUUUUUACUAUGUUCAUACCUACCUAUGCCAUCAUAAAUCAUUAUUGUAAUUUUAUGGUUGUGAAAGAUAAUUUUUAUCGAAACGUUGUACAUAAUUACAUUGCUUUUUACGAUUCUUUGGUCAUAUUCAGAGUUAAACAGUAAAAAUAUUAAUUUUCGCAAAAUAAAAGUAUUUUUGUACUUAAUGAAUAAUUUUCUUUAUUUGAAAUCAGAAAGUGAAUUUGAAGGUUUUUUUUACUGAAAAAAAUCAGGAAUUUUUAUUAAAAAAAAAUUGCCUUUAAAAGGCUUGUGAUGUGCUUGAACGUGAUCAAUAAAAUCAUGAAUUCAUUGUUUA